AUGCCCAUAAGUACAGAGAUCUGCCCACUGGUUGUGCACCAAGUGUGCAAUGACAGGCACAAACAACUCAGAUGCGUUUGCGCAAUGAGUUUGGAUGAGGUAAGUGAGUGUUGUAGAAGAUUAUUUUUUUGCGAUGUUAGUGCAACAACCGUAUUUGCUUGUGACCUAAGGGUGUAAAAAAUAUUUUUUUACUGAAGUGUACUUACUCAAAUUAAUGCUCCAUUUCUAUGGUAAGAACUGCAAUAAGUGCUUGUGUGAUUUCCUUGGGACAAGUUUCAUUCACGCCAUGAGCUCGCAAUCAAAAACUGCCCUUUUAAUUCUAUUCCAAUAAACUUUGCACUUUCAUAAACAACUAAAAAUCUGGUCUUUAGGAGCCACCACCGGAACAAAGUUGUUCGAACAUUGUAAAGGUGGAGAAUGUGAACGACUUCGAAGCCGUCAGCGUCAUCUUCAAACUCGACAACGCCGCCAGAUCGCUGAAAUUCUUCCCCGAAGAGAAAUUCAGAGAUCAGUUAGCGAGUCUGCUAAAGAUCGAAGGGGUGAGUUAUAAAGUUGGCAUGGCAUUACUAACAAUUAAACUUGCAAAAUACACAGUGCUCAGGGUAAAGACCAGUUUGUUGACUUUUACUCAUUGAUUGGCCAAAUGAUGGAUUGAAAAAUUAUUAAAAUAACUUUGCCAGUUCUUGACCCAGACCCACGUCAAACUCUUUCCGCUCAUCAGAUCACUCAAAAAAUCGACGAAACAAAAGAGUUCAGAAAUUGAAAUUGAUUGCUAAUUACUCGAAAACAGGAAACAGGUGAUAAGUAAUCGGACAAUUUCCGGCAAUACAACGCUUUUGCAUUCCGAGGAGAACAAAACAAGUACUGUAGCCUCCGGAAAUUAGUCACAAAUUUAACAAAUUCCUCUAGGUGGUAUUGAACUGAACUUUACACUUGAGCAAAAGACACUGUAGCAGAAAUCUAGAAUAGUUGAGAUACGUGACAAUCUAAUGAAUGAUAAUCGAAGCUUUUUUGACAAUGACAGUGUAAUGAUUAGAUUAAAAAACUACUGCAUAAGUAACCUUGUCCGAUUGCUAAACUUCACAACUCUUUUCAGAACGACAUCUUAAUCCUGAGGGUCCAUUGUCUCGAUCCGGAAAAGAAGUUCGCUGUUCAAUUUGUUGUCGUCAAAAACGAAGACGACGAUGAAGAUAACGACGGAAUAAAGGAUUCAGAAGACACUGAGGACUCCAGAAUCCCCUUUGCCCAGAACUAUUUCAUCGAUUCUGAUGUGAUUGUGAGGAAGUUGAAGGUGGUCGGAGCCCUCAACAGUUUGGCCGGCCUUAGGGUUGACAGCAUUAUCAAGGUGAGCAAUGUUUAAAGGUCUUAAGAGCAAUUUGACCAGCUCUUCCAAGGGCAUGAUAUCAGAGUCGCGACGGAACUUCCGCAAAUUUUUUCUGAAUUUUUUUGACCGGAAAAUUCAAAAAACUUUGACCUUUAAAGAAAACUGCUCUAAGGUGAUCAUGACGUCUCGAUCCAUCAAAAAAAGUAUUCGAAAUCACAAGAGAUGUGGGUGGGAUGUGAUUUAUCAUGAUGACAAGGAAACAAGAGAGUUUGGGUUUUUGGAAAUUAGAUUUGUUUUCAAAAACAUGAAGAAAUUCGAUGACAAUUUACAUUUCUUCUUAAAAGCAUUGUAAAAAAGACUAUGAGGAUCUUUAAACUCUAGAAAAUUACUGUUCAGGUCACAACACUGUACCCGAUGGAAGCCUACGUUGACAACACCGUCCUCCUUUUCCAGGCCGCCCUGGCCGCCGUCUUUGUCUUCCUCACCUGCCUUUGUGGCUGCUGGAUAGCGUGCAAACGGAAUGAUUACGAAGCGGAUCUUCAGAAGAACUGA